UAAGUUUACACUUCAGAUAAUAGAUGUAGUAUAAAAAAGACACCUUCUAUACAAUGUUUUAAAACUGCAUCUGCAAGUUUUUUUUUCGUAUAUUAUAUAUGCUUAGACUGGCUAGUUUAAAACUGUAGACCGGACAAAAUAUAGAUGAGAUGAUAUUGUGAGAGCAUGUUUGCCUAUAUGAAUAAUUAAACUUGUUGGACCAGUUCUUUUCAGAAGGAGAACUUCUUUCGUUCACUAACGUCUGUGCAUCAAACUUUGAUCUUCGUAUAAAUUUAUUCGGAAUUUAAAACUUGCUUCUUAGAUUGAGAAGGUAUAAGAAGGAAGAACAUCGUGUGGAUCGCGGUGAUUUUUAUUUCUGACGACUUGCUGUUACAUCGAACAUAAGAAACGAUGAGAUCCGUGAUGCUGCUUUGCCUGAUCGUCGCUUCCGCCGUUGCUGGACCACCUGCACUGGCUGGAGUCUCGGAGGAAUUCCUGUCGCCUCAGUGUCAAACCCCCAAGUGUCCGGCCACGAAAAUCAAAGGUGACUCGCCGAUCACUUUACCUUAUCCCUUGGACUGCCUGCAAUACAUCGUCUGCGAGGAGUCCGGCCCUCGCACAGUGGCAUGUCCAGAUGAUAUGAUCUUCAACAAGAAUACCGGCAUGUGUGACACUCGACAAAACGCGAACUGUGUACCUUGUUGGCAAGGUUGAACAUCUAUCCAGAUUAUCUACGGCUUUCUUCCGAAAUUUGGGAAAAUAUUUUAAGAUUUUCUAAGUAUUCUAAUUUUAAUAAUUACAAGUGC